CACUUGGCGUCUUUUGUACGAAUAGACAUUCUUCAAAAAUUUAAAAGAGUUUUUUCAUUUACUGUUGCAUUUUAUGAGUAUGAAAAAGUGAAACUCGCGUUUGUUAUUUUUUUAUUUAAUAAUAUGAUUAGUUAAAAUGGUUAACUAAACUUGUAAAAACUAUGCAUAAUGAUUUUAAAUAUGAGCAGAAAUUCUAUAAUUUUCUAACUCUAUCCUAUUCGUGUGCCGCGAAUAUAUGAAAAUAAGUUAGUUUUAGAAAUAUUUGAUGAAUAAAUUACGAUGGAAUGCACAAAAGUGUGUAGAAUAUGCCUCGUAACGGAUGUGAGCAUGCACGAUUUACAGGCUUUUCCUCUAGGAACUUACUUUGAAAAUGUUACAGGGAUAAAUCUCUUUAAGAUGACUGAUCUGCCUCCAUUUGCUUGUUAUGACUGUACAGCUAUGAUCAAAAAGUACAAUACUUUCCGGGAGAGGUGUCUAAGAGGCCAGGCCGCUCUCUACGGGAUACUUCAAACAUCUGGAAAGAUAUCAAUUGAAGAUGUCAAACAAAUAGAUAGAAUUUAUUUCCAUUUGACAUCUAAUAUUACAUUCUCUAGUACAAAAAUACAAGAAGACUUUUCCAUAAAUUAUGAAGACUCAAAGAAGAAUAUAAAAAAUGAACCAUUUGAACAAACAGAUAAUAUUCUGGAAUAUAAUAUAGAAUUAAAUAUAAACAGUAUAAAGGAGGAAAGUAAUUUUGAUGAUUUUUUAUCUAUGUCUAGUGAUGACAAUGAACCAUUGUCUAUACAUAAAAGUGAUAAACAAAAGAAGAAAGUUAAAAUAGUUAAAAGGAAAGCGAGAAAAAAAAGAAAUAAUGAAGAAUGUACUGAAACAUCUGAGAAUAGUCUUGGAGAAUCUUUGAAUGAGACUGAAGAAAAGGAUUCAUCCAUUCUUCAAGGUGUGUUAAAACGUAAAAGAGGGAGACCGAAGAAAAAUACAAAGCCAGAAGAGAAAUUAAGAAAAUGUACGAAUAGUAAAAAUGAAUUGGAAAUCGAGGAAUAUGCGACAGUAAUAACAUUAUCGUUGGAGCAGCAAAUACAAGAGGUAGAGAAACGGAAGACAUCAAGCAAUUAUCUGAAUUCUGUGUACAAAUGCGAACUUUGCUACAAAGGGUUCGUGCACACGGACGCCUGGCAACACCACCUCGGGAAACAUGAUCCCAGCGCGGGAGAUAUAGAGUGCGGCGUGUGUAAGUUCCGUUUCAAGACGAGGCGAGGUCUUUUGAAGCACGCCAUCAACCACGAGAAGAAAUACGCCUGCAAAGCCUGCACAUACGUCUCUAGGAACACGACUCAAGCAAAGCAUCACCAGCGCUGGCAUAAAGGGGUCACAUACAAAUGUCAAUACUGCGACGAAAUAUCCACAUCUGUUUUCAACUGUCCAAAAGAGAGGUUGGUGGAGUCCAAAGGGGAUGAGGGUGGAGGGAAGCGUGAGCUUUACUGCGCGGAGUGCGAGGUGCAGUUUGUCUCGGAGGCGGCGUGGAGGCGCCACCUCGUCACCUCCGUCAAACACGUGCCUUCAUAUAUCUUCAAUAAUGGAUGUCGUGUUUGCGGAGACACAUUCGCAAAUCCUGAAGAACUCCGCAUCCAUCAUAGACAAAAGCACGCCAUCAAGAGACCUACCAACUACGGCAAGAAGCCUUCCAAACAAAAUUGGCCCGCAAACUGCGAACAUUGUUCGGAGGAGAUAUGUAACGCGCGCGAGUACUGGGUGCACUUCCGGCGCGUGCACCCCGACAAGAACUACCCCGUGCCAAAGAACCACAUCUGCGAUGUCUGCGGGAAGGGGUUCAGGGUAAAAUAAUUAAACACCCCUACAUCUUUUCUAUUCAU